AUGAGCAACUACUUAUUCUUACAGAUCAUAGCUCCCGUCGAAAUGGCAGCACCACUCCGAGUCGGUGUUCUCCUCGUGGACACCGUCCAGCUACUGGACCUGGCAGCCGUGGAUCUCAUCUUUAUGACCAGCCCUGACUACGUCGAGGACAUCGGAAUGCCCAAAGUACUUCAAGACCUCGGUCGGCCCUGCGAAAUCCACUACAUCGGCCGUGAUGGCGCCAACGCCCAAUCUCCAGUGACAUCCCAGAUGUCUCUCCGCCUGACUGACUCCCUGACAGACACGGCCGUUGCACCAGGAAACCUCGACAUCCUCUACCUCCCAGGACCACCGCCAAAGGCCAUGCCACCGCACAUGGAAUACCUCGACUUCGUACGCAAACACAACGCAGCCGCUACAACAAUCAUGACAGUCUGCACGGGCAUCCUGAUCGCCGCACACGCAGGAAUCACCGAGGGCAAAACAGCCACCGCACCACGGUUCCUGAUCCCGCUCCUGAGAAAGCAAUUCCCCGAGACGAAGCUGUGGGAUGAUUCGGUGCGUGCUACUUGUGAUGGAAACCUGUGGACUGGCGGCGGCGUCACCAACGGCCACGACCUCGUAGCUGCAUACCUUCGCGCUAAGUACCCUGCACCACUAGUCAAUACCGUUCUCGCCGUUGCCGAUGUUACGCCGCGCCCGGUGCGGUAUCAGACCGCGGCACUCACCGACACGAUCUACGUCCUAUUUCAGAUUAUAAGAGCGAUCCCGAGCUCGAUUGUGCAGCUCUUUAGAAACAAGUGA